AUGAAGCGCUUUUUGUCCCUGCCCCUACUCGGAAGCACUGCCGUCGGUGCAGCAGUUGGUGAUACAUCUCUUCAUACACGCUCCGCUUCCCCGUCAUGUCCCAAUCAGCCCUCGACUCUGUCCCUCGCUGACCCACCUUACGCAAACUACUUUUACUCCGACUGCAAUAUUGCUGCGCAGGCCGUCAUCACCAGCCCCCUCCCCGAUAGCGAUCUCUCGCUCAUCAGCCCGCGCCUGAUCAUUGCCUGGCCUGCCGGCAACAGUGGCAUAUGUACCUACUUCGCGCCGCAGAAUGGCGAGAAUGGCACCCUGUCCAUUGAACUUGUCAAUUCGACAGCGGGAAAUCCGCUUGGCCCCGUGCACAACGAAUCCACUUCCUCACAUAGACCCCCUAGUGUCGGCGUGCAAGGUCUCCUGCGCUUCAAUUCCUCCGCCUCGCUGGUAAUACCGAUCCUCGGUAGUAUCCGCACGAUCCGCGAUUUCGUCGAAGGUCCCAGCAUUCUUUACCCGGAGAUUCAGGAUGCUGUUAAGUACACUUCGAACAGCGACGGCAGCGUCGUGCUGCAGCGCACAUGGCUGGACAACAUGACCUCAACGAUUCUGCAAUUCCGGCCCAGCUCGAGUGGCAGCAAGGUGACCGUGUCUACCACAGUGGACUUCACCGCAGGCGACUAUAUGUUCUCUGCCCAGAUGAACUACCCCCAGUUGUCGCAGCUUAAAUCUAAUGCUGUGCUGAACUCGGAUUCUCAGGGCCUGAAUACCACCAUGCCUGACCAGACUGCUGCGCUGUCAUUCUUGUCAUAUUCGGAUAAGCUGCUGGCAGGUGCUUGGCGCUUUUUGACAUAUUUCGGCCGUGACUCGAUGAUUUCAGCUCUCCUGCUUGAACCGGUGUUGAGCAACGGCAAUUCUAGUGCCAUGGAGGCUGUGGUCGGUGCUGUUUUGGAACGCGUUAACCGGACAGAUGGCAGUGUUUGUCAUGAGGAAACUAUUGGUGACUACGCCACCUGGACCAACCUGCAGCAGAACAUUUCCAGCAACGCCAUGGUCUGCGAUUAUAAGAUGGUCGACUCUGACUACUAUCUUCCGGUAUUGAUGCAGCGCUACUUCCUGGAGAACCCAGUAGGACAAAGCCGUGCUGCCGCUUUCUUCAACACCUCGGCCGGCACUAUCAAUGCGGCAAACCAGAACUUGACCUGGGGUGAUUUGGCACUGAUCAACGCGGAGCGGAUCAUGCGUCUUGCAGGUCCUUUUGCUCGUGAGCAGACCAAGGACAACCUCGUCCACCUCAAGGAUGGGCAAGUCGUGGGCCAGUGGCGUGAUAGCACCUACGGUAUCGGCGGAGGCCGCAUCCCCUACGACGUCAAUACCGCCCUCAUGCCCGCAGCCCUCCGCUCCAUCGCCACCCUCGCUCGCAAGGGCAUUUUACCUAAGGAGCAGCACUGGGGACAACAAGCUGACAACUUUGCCCAGAUCUGGGAAGAUAAGACCUUGUCCUUCUUCGAGGUGACGAUCCCACAGUCCCAAGCCCAAAACCUUGUCAAAUCCUACAAGAACGCUUCUUCCUUCGCAGGCCCCGACCAGGCCUCCAGCAUCGACACAGACAUUGUCUUCCACGCCCUCGCCCUGGACGGCAACAACAAUCUGUCUAAGGUAGAAGUCAUGAACACAGACGAUUGCUUCCGCCAUUUCCUCCUCAACACAACCAACGACGCGCAGCUAACUCCCUUUCUGAAUAACUCCGCUUCCAACAUCCGCCGCACCUUCCCAGCAGGCCUGAUGACUAACGCAAGCAUGAUAGUUGCGAACCCAGCAUUCGGGGCUAACCCCGUGUACGCACAGAACUUCACAACGGGCGCGUACCACGGCACAGUGGUGUGGUCGUGGCAGCUCGCCAUGAUGGCGAAAGGACUGGAACUGCAGCUGGGUCGGUGCGAGGUCUCCGCAAAUUUCUCCGCUUCUGCGAAGACGGUCUCGCCAGUUCCGGCUUUCUGUACGGAUUCCUCCGUCUAUGAUAAUGUGAAGAAGGCUUAUAAUACGCUUUGGGAUUCUAUUGAGCAGAAUAAGAGGCAGCUUUCUACCGAGGUUUGGUCGUGGCUUUAUCGGGAUGGAGAGUUUGCUGUUACUCCUCUGGGAGUUUUGCCGCCACCACCUGGUGCUGGUGGUCAGACUGAAUCUGAUAUCCGGCAGCUGUGGUCCCUGGCCUUCUUGGCUGUAUCCUGGAACGAGAACUAUAAAUAAGUGGAAAGCCAUUUGGGGUUGUUCUGGUCCCACGAAUUGUAUGCACUAUUGCUGAAAGUAAAAGUGAAUCUGAUAUUC